UCGAAGCACAUUUGACGGUUUUUAUUUGAAGUGAUUUUAAUCAAAAAAUUAUCUCAACCAUAUUUUUUUGAAACUGAUUGCCCCGUUAAAAUUUUUAAUUAUUGUUGAGCUUGUUUGUGUGUAGUUUAUAGUAAUGUUUUUACAAUUUUCUCCUCCGGUGAGACAAGUAACGAAAAAAACGGCUAUAAAAGAAGUCGAACCGGAAUAUGCCGUACUAUCGUUGGCCCCUUUUACCCCCAAUCCGAAAAUAUGUUUCGAAAACGUCAAAAUCGGCCAAAUGACCACACAGAAAUUGAUCAUAAGGAAUCCGACAAGCCAGAAAACAGAGCUGUUUGCAAAAAUAACAAUUCCGGAAGAAAUAAACUUGUGUUUAAAUUGGUUUGGAUGCAUAAUUGAUGCACAGAGUGAAGAAACCCUUGAACUUAUUUGGACCCCUACUUGUGAAGGAGCUUGGCGGUUUAUUUUACAACUAACUGACGGUAAAAGAACAUGCAGGGACAUUCCUGUCGUUCUUAAAACAAUUACUUCUAAAAAAAACAAAAAGGUGAUCCAGAAACGCCUACCACGGUUUGUGGCCAAGAAAAACACAUCACCAGUUCAAAGUUUUGCCAGUAGAAGAAGGUCGCCACAGAAGAGAACAGCCCUGCCCAAUAUCACAAACAUACCGACCAUAGUUGAAAUGCCCCCAGAAAAUGUAUUUUAUGGGAAAGAAAAUUUUAGUUUUAUUCCGGAUACAAGUUUCAAAGUUGAAUUAAGAAGGGAGACCUACACCGUGGAUCAUAACAUCCCCGAGUCGGUUUUUGAUGACAGUUUGGAAAACAUAACUGUGGUAAAGUCCCCAAAUGUUUCAUUUGAACGUCGGCUACAGUCAGAGUCGUUUGCACUUUCAUCACUGUUAACACCCUCCAAUAACAUCGAGUUCAAUCCUGAUCACUGCUCAACUGAUGAGAAAUCAAUUAACAUCACUAAUGUUGUUCCUUAUUGCAAACCAACGUCGCUAUUUCCAGACACAACCUUCGAAAUUGUUAAAAAUCUAAGUACUGAAACCUACGUCAAGUCAAAUUUAAGUUCUGAAACCUACACUAAAUCCGAUUCGGUUCCGAACAUUUCCGAUGUGAGCGUAUUAAGCACACCCCCGAGUUUUUCCCAGAAAUCCCGCCUCGACAGCCUCCUAGGCAAUGGAGUGAAGAUGACAAUAGAGGCCGAUAUGUGGUCGAACGCRUGCGCCAAUCGGCCUCUAGUCGCGAUUAAAGAAGAACCAGAAAGUGUGCCCCCAAAAUCAAAAACUUUGAAACGCAAAAGCGACGUCACUUUCAGCGUGACAUCACCGAAACGACCGAAUCGGGGUUUCCCCCAAGACUGGACUAAACGAAACGUGUUUGUUUUCGAACCGGAAGUCGUGGUUUGGUUGGAGGGACAAGAGGAGAAUUUUAAAAAGUGGCUCAAUGCCAUUUUGACACCACCAAUCGAUCUCGAUUCGAACGAGCAAGGGCAUCCGCUAAAUGUCGCUCAAUUGUGGCGAGACUGCAAGAAAAGGGAAGUUGAGGCGGCACCAACGAGGGAAGUACUCUCGGAAAGAUUUCACAAUAAUUCGAAAUUGAACGCUUUGAGGAGGACAGCGAAGAUGUUUUACCAGUCUGUUGAAAUUCAAACUGUUUUGAGUAAAGUAUGGGCGGCUGUGGAUGUGAACAAACUUGCUAUAAGGGAUGACCGCGAUGUGCAUCUAGACUUGGCCCUACAAGCCGAUGUCAUGCAAGUGGUUUUGAGUUACAAUCCCUUGUGGUUGCGUAUCGGUCUGGAAACCAUUUAUGGACGGGUAAUUCCCCUGAAAUCCAAUUCGGAUAUUUACGGUUUGACCAGAUUUCUUUGGGAGAGGUUUAUGAGGGAUCCGGUUUUACUAAAGAAACACCGGUCGGUGCAUUCGCCGAAAUAUAAGUCCGAUAUUAAAAAAUUCAUUUUGAAGAAGUUUCUCGCUUUGAUUUAUUUCUUAGAUCGGGCCAAGACUAAUAAAUUGAUAGCUCACGACCCUUGUCUCUUCUGCAAAAAUGCCCCAAUUAAAGAGAGCCAAACUGCUCUAACAACAUUCUCUCGAGAAACUCUAUCUUCAAUGGGAGACAUCACAAAAUAUUUGAAACACUACCACUAUAUGCUCGAACACAAACAAACCUACUUAAACGAAUUUGAUUACGCCGUCAAUUGUCUCGGAGUCGACUUGAGAGACGGUGUCAGACUCACACGAAUCAUGGAAGUCAUCCUUUUAGAGGAAAACUUAAGUAAAAAUCUCCGAGUCCCUGCCAUUUCUCGUUUGCAAAAAAUCCACAACAUGAAAAUCGUGUUUGAAGCUUUGCAAAAAUCAGGAUUCGAAAUCCUUUACGAUAUAUCUCCAAGUGAUAUUGUCAACGGACACAAAGAAAAAACUUUGUCUUUCCUGUGGCAACUCAUUUACAAAUUCCAUACUCCACUAAUGGCCAAAAGUGUGACGCUUAUAACAAAAUGGUGGCGAAGUGAACGAAUUGUUCAAAAAAGACGCCACUUGACACGGAUUCGAGAAGAGAAAAAUUUGGCUGCUAUAAAAAUCCAAAAGUGCCUUCGGAUGUUUUUGGCUAAACGCCGGUACCAAAAGUUGCAAAAGAGUGUCAUUUUGAUGCAGAAGUGUUUCAAAGCUAGGAAACAGAAAAGAGAAUUUGAUAAUUUGAAAGGAGCAGUUUUGGUGAUUCAGCGCCGGUGGAGGGCGACUUUAGCAAUGCGAAUUGAAAGGGUCAAGUUCCAGGUUUUAAAGGAAGCGACGAUUUACGUUCAGAGACGAUUUCGGGCUAAAUUAAUGGGGGAGACAGAUUUGAAUCGAUUUGAGAAGCUGCGACAAACUGUUGUGUUUGUCCAAAGGAAAUGGAGAGCAAAGUUAAUGAUGAGACAACAAUUGUGGCAUUUUCAGACUUUGAAAGUUACGGCUAUUAUCGUUCAGAGACGCUUUAGAGCAAACAAAAUAUCAAGAAUGCAAUUUGAAGCUUUCAACCGGUUAAAAAAAGCAACGAUUUUUGUGCAAAGGCGGUGGAGAGCGAAUCGUGCAAUGCGUGCUCAAAUAGAGCGCUUCCAAAGUCUGAAAAAAAGUACAGUUUUGGUACAGCAAAAAUGGCGAGCAAAAGUCGCAAUGAAAAUGGAACAAAAACAAUUCAAACAACUCAAAAACGCAGCAGUUGUCAUUCAGAGUUGCUUCAGAGCGAAAUUAGUAUACGAAAGGUUCAGGAAUUUAAAACGGGUCACAAUUUUGAUUCAGAGGAAAUGGAGGGCAAUAUUAGCAAUGCGUACCCAAUUGGAGGAAUACGAGACUUUGAGAAAAACGACUGUUUUUAUUCAAAUGAAAUGGAGAGCAACUUUGAGAAUGAGAAAGGAAAGAGAAGAAUUUUUAGCAAUGAAGAAAGCAACCGUUUUGCUUCAAAGCUACUUUAGAAUGAGAUUGGAAAUGGACAAAUUUAAUCAACUGAAAGGAGCUGUGAUUUUCGUGCAAAGCAAAUGGCGAGCAAAAGUGGCGUUAGAGAAAUAUCAAGCUCUAAAAAAAGCUAGUCUUUUUGUUCAGAGGAAGUGGAGGGCUAAAAUCGCAAUGAUUUGUUCGAAAGGGAAGUUUGAAGCUUUGAAAAAAGCCGCUAUUGUGAUCCAGAGACGUUUUCGAGCAAAUAAAGCUGCAAAAUUGGAAAGGGAUCGUUUUAAUACACUCAAGAGAGCUUCAAUUUUAAUUCAACGAAAUUGGAGGAAGAGGAAAAUCAUGAUUGAAUACCGAAAUUUGAGACAGGCUGUUAUUUUCGUACAAAAUAAAUGGAGAGCUAAAUUAGCAAUGAGAAACGCUGUCCUGAGAUUUGAAGAGUUGAAAAAGGCAACUUUAGUGAUUCAAAGACGUUUCAGAGCAAAUCAAUUAGCAACAAUUGAAAAGAAUAGUUUUGAUGAGUUGAAAAGGGUCACAAUAUUGGUUCAAAGAAAAUGGAGAGCAAAGUUAAUGAUGAGAUCCCAAUUUUCCAAUUUCCAAGUUUUGAAAAAUGCUACUAUUACCAUUCAGAGACGUUUCAGAGCUAACAAAAGAAUGAAAUUAGAGAGAAAUAAUUUCCAGGCUUUGAAGACUGCUACUAUCUUCAUUCAAAAUCGUUUCAGAGCAAAUAAAUUCGCAAGAAUUGAAAAGAACAGUUUUGAUGAGUUGAAAAGAGUGACAAUUUUGGUUCAAAGAAAAUGGAGAGGAAAAUUAGCGAUGAGAUGUCAAGUUACGAAAUUCCAGACUUUAAAAAAUUCCACUAUUACUAUCCAAAGACGUUUCAGAGCUAACCAAAUGACGAAAUUAGAGUCGAACAAUUAUAAAGCUUUAAAGACCGCUGCUAUUGUAAUUCAACGACGUUUUCGAGCAAAUAAAUUGUCAAAAGCUGAAAAAAACAAUUUUGAAGAAUUGCAAAGAGUAACGAUUUUGAUUCAAAGAAAAUGGAGAGCGAAAUUAGCGAUGAGGUCUCAAGUUGUGAAUUACCAGGCCUUGAAAAAUGCUACUAUUACUAUUCAGAGACGCUUCAGAGCUAACAAAAUGGCAAAAUUGGAGUCGAAUAAAUAUCAGAGUUUGAGGAUUUCCACUAUCUUCAUUCAGAGACGUUUCAGAGCAAAUAAAUUGUCGAGGACUGAAAACAAUUAUUUUAAAGAGCUGAAAAGAGUAACAAUUUUGGUACAAAGAAAGUGGAGAGCAAAGGAAGCAAUGAGACGUCAAGUUGCGAAUUUCCAAAGUUUGAAAAAUGCUUCUAUUUCUAUUCAGAGGCGUUUCAGAGCUAACAAAAAGGCAAAAUUAGUGUCAAACAAAUAUAAUACAUUGAGGGCCGCUACUAUUUUGAUUCAAAGACGUUGGAGGGCCACUUUAUUAAUGAGGACUGAAUUGAGGAAAUACCAAAUUUUGAAAGUAGCAACUCUUUCAAUUCAAAGACGUUUCAGAGCAAACAUUGCUCGAGAAACAGAUCGAAAUAAUUUUAUCGCUUUGAAGAGAGUCACUAUUGUAAUUCAAAACCAAUGGAGAGCUGUACAGGCAAUGCGACGAGAGAGAAAGAAAUUCAAUGAUUUGAAACGAGCAGUGAUUUUAAUUCAGAGAUUGUGCAGAAGACGACUUGUUUUAAUGCACGAAUUGAGAAGAAAACGAGAAGAAGAAGCAAGUAUCGUUAUUCAGAAGCAUGUGAGGGGGUUUUUGGUUCGACAUAAAUUUUCGAAAUAUUUAACACCGGAAGCAAUUGCCGAGCGAAGAGAACUGAAGAUAAAGAACUCCGCUGCGACUAAAAUUCAGGCUGUUUGGAGAGGUUACAAAUCGCGGUUGUCUCAACCACCCAAACUCAAGAAGAUCUGUAAGAGAUUGAAUGAAGCAAAUGCAUUGGCUGUUCCGCAAAAUACUCUCGGCUCGCGGUGCAGGAAAGCUGUUUUACAGUUAAACAYCAGUAAUUUAUCAACUGAUGAAAUUUUACGCAUUUUGGAAGACUUAGACUUUUUCACGAGAAGAAGUAAGGAAUCCUGUCUGCAAUUAGGAGCCAAAUUACCGCGCUGUCUCUAUCACACUAUAACAUCAACGAAUAGGUCGCCUCACGAGAUUCAAGUUUCCACAGCGGCAACUUUAAUUUUAAUCAAUUUCUACCGCUUUGAGCCGACUCGGAGUAAAACGUGGAUUCCUGAGUUCAUCGAACCAUUAUUGUCUGUGAUGCUUCAUUCUUGUGAUAAGGAGACGCCUCUAUUUCCCACACUUUGUACUUUGUUUUGGUUGUUUUCGCACAAUGAGGAGUACAAAAAUACCAUCAUCUCCAGUCCGAAUUUCAAACAGAAAAUGACGCUUAUUUGUAAGCAUUGCGACCGAAAGGAAAAAAUGAACAGCAAAAUCAACAUUAGAUUUCCGUCAUUUUUUUCGCCAUACGAAAAACUGCCGUUACCUAGUCUUACUCCAGACUGGGGGUUGGACUACAAAGAUAACCCGAAAACGUUCAGUAAUUCGAUUCACGCCCUUAAAUGUUUAACAAGUAGAUUAUGCUUUUAAUGUUUAUUGUUUUUAUUAAAUGAAAUACAGUGCUUUCUUUUACCUA